AUGUCUUUAAAAAUUGUUGUUUUAAUGUUGGUGGCCGGUAUCGCAAUGGCUAAAGUCGGUAAGUACCUCUUGGAAGUGCGCGUGAUAGAGUUAUCCACUGCACAUGUAGAAACGGCAAGUUAGUUGUUACCGAGAUCUGCAAACAAGUUGCAAUAAGGUUGUUGUCAAGGCCAUAAUCACAAAAUUGUGUUCAUACUGCUCGUAGUUUCAGUAUAAGUAAAGUUUCUUUCUUUCUUUCCUUCUUAGAAAAAUUCGGCAACGACAAUGAAACACCUGAGAAAAAAGAAAGCGCAAAUGAUGAAGAGCCGAAGAUGGUCAUGGAAGACAUGAACACUGAAACGUCGACUGCUCUCGUACCAAACGACGCACACGACCCUGACUCAAUUAAGAAUAAAGGAUGUAAGUUUGUUCAGCUUUUUUGUUACACGAAACGUCCCCGCAACCAUAGGAUUUGAGGGGUUUUGAGGGUUACAGACAACAGGAUUGAGGAGUCCCAAAUUGAGUCCUAUACCUACACAUUACAUUGACAAUUUGUUAAACAAUAGAGACAGGGUUACAAACUUAACAAAGCUACAACACAAAAUUACAACACACGAUCAUGCGUUUCAAUCCAUUUUUGCACUUUCCAAGUUAAUAUAACUAGUCGUGGACGGCCCAAAUAUUGCAGUCCUUUCUAACCAAGCGUGCUCAUGCAGAUCUUUACAAGGAGACCUAGGAAGACAACAUUACCAACUGGAACAAAAGAUAGAAAUAUAUGGCGAGAAAUAUGAAAUUCUUUCCCAGUCAAUUCGGACUGGGUUGACUCGCAGCUACACGAAUGGUUUGCCUUGACUGAUUAUACGAAAAAUAUAAGCGUAAAAUAUUGGUUAAAUAUAUAUUUUAUUGAAUAUUAGUGUAAGUUUUUUACUGACGCGUUUUUCUGUCUUCAAAUUUUCUAUAGUUUGUCAUUGGGGCAUCGCAGUUUGGUACAAACCCGGAGUUUCUAUUCGCUGUACUUGUAUGAAAUGGUGAGUACAUCUAAACUCUUCAUAUAAACCACAAUUACUCACGCGUGAGUAUGGGGUUAACAUGAUAUGGGGUUAACAUCGCCCUAAAAUUUUAACUCCACCAAAAAGGAGUAAUAGGGGAGUUAUUUUAAGUAAAACUGUCUGUACCAGUGUAGGUAGUACCAAUGUGAAAAUGCUGUGCUGAGUGGUUAUAUUAGCCUACUACCUUAAAAAACAAGCAGAAAAAAUCCUUCGCUCGAAACGUCGAGUUUCUGCUUGUUUUUUAAAGUAGUAAUAUAACCAUUCAGCACAGACUUAUUUUAACUCCUUGAAAAUAACAGUGCUUACGCGUUAAGACCGUUUUCAGUUAAUUAGUAGUUCAAUUUUUAUGGUAUGCCCUGAACACACCACAAUAUAUAUGUUAAGGAUUAAUUUUUAUAGCUAAAAAAGGCCGAGGGGAUCCCCGGGAAAUUUUAAAAUCUGGGGCCUUUGAAACUGCCAUUUCGUGCAUUUGGGGAGGUGAUUUUAAAUGAUUCUGAAUACUAUAAAAGUGAAUGUUUUACUAGUAUAAUCCACUUGUAUUUCAAUACACAUUUUGAUAUACAUUACGAGGUUAUGCCCCCAUCCCCCCGUUUCUCCUCAGCUUUGGAAAAAAGUACAAAACUGGUCCCGACGAAAAGUAGGAGGGGGGAUGUGAACCCCUCAAUUCACCCAUAGCUACGCCCCUGAGCAUAGGCUAAAAAUAGAACACAUGUUCAAAUUGGUUCGCUCAUCUCACACGGACAAACAUUGGGAAAAAAAUAAUGAAAUCCAUACUAUGUCUAUGGAAUUUGCAAUAUUGCACCACAAAAUCCACAGUAUAUCCACGCUAUUUCCAUAGAGAUUGCAAUUAGUGUGAAGAUUGGAUUACCGUACUAUUUCCAACCAACGUCCACACGACCAUACUAUUUACAUAGUAAGGAUUUUGAAAAAAAAUUCGCGAAACUUUGUUGCAGGAAUGAAUAUACUCACUUUAGAAAAAGCAAUCAAAAUUAUCCCACCAACCCAUAUUUUUUAAAUGACUCAGAAUUAACUGACAUUUCCUAUCGUUUAGCACCUGUAAGUCUGGUGGUAACUGGGCCUGUGCUUACGAAUUCGCCUACUGUCCAUACUUCUGUAAGUAUACUGUGUAUAUCAGCUAUAGCGUUGCAAUCACUGAUCACAAAGUUAGGACUGCUAGUGGCAUCUGCUAUGCACAAAUGAAACCAAUAGAGGCCAUGCACCACAAAUCUACUGUGGUACAAAACUGCAUAAUAAAAUGCAUUAAAUUCUCACUCUGACUGUCAUGAUUUUGCUUCUUUUUUCUUACUACUAUAGAUUGUGGCAACCAAAUCUACAAUCCUUCUACUCAAAUCUGUUGCUGUGGUAAAGUGCACGAUAAGAAAUCCAGAUAUUCAUGCUGUGGUUACUUCUACUACGAUACCAGAGUAUCACAAUGUUGUAAUUACUAUUCUGUCAAGCCAAGGAAGGCAAAAUGCCCUCGCUACCGUGUUUAAGCUGGCAGCUUUGACAGAACAAUUAAUUAAAACACGAAUUAAUUAAUCAUUAAUUAAUUAAGAAGAAUUAAUCAUUAUGUAAAGAACUAGUUGAUUGUAUUAGUUUUAUGUCUGCAUGUUACGGUAUGAAAUACAAAGCUCAGAUGUACGUAAAUUUAUGUUUUAUAAAUUACCAUUUUUCUUAAUAAACUGAGAAUGAAUAUCGGUUGUAUUGUGGUUUAUCGGAUGUAGGCUACUAAUUCACUGUUUGUUUGAAAGACCUAAUAAGAGACAUUUUUUGAUAAUUGUUGACCCAGUGUUAAUUAUUUAACUUUGCCAAAGAUUUGGGAAUUGGGGGUCACCGUUGUCAUUUACGAGUUAUAAUAUUAGUUAAAAAUCAAAAUGUCCGUAAUAUAAAUAUUGCAACGUUGUUACCAUAGCAACGCCAGUUGCUGCAUUGUAAAAAAAACUGUAAAAAACUUAAUCAUUCCUCAGAUAUGAGGAAUCAGACUUCAAGAUAUAACUGCACAUGGCUCUAUCAUCAAUAUUUCUUCAGCAAAGUCCUUUCAUUCUAGCUUGUUGGUCCAGUGUUGCUACGAAAAUUAAACCACUGCAGUCACCAGCGGUAUUUGCAGCGCUUGUCACCAAUACCUUUCAGCAGGGGCGAAACUACCGGGGGGAGUUGGCGGGGGGUGGGGUUACACCCACGGUUUCUAUCUCUUCAGGUAUAUCCAUACAAUUUCGUCGGGCAAAUGAUUACCGCCGUGCUGACAAGGGGGAGCUAGGAGGGUGUAACACUCCCCAAAGGGGGCCCAAUUACGCCAGAGGAGGCCCCCAAAUGCUGUAUUUGCAGAACGUAUUAAAUAUUUGGGAAUAUUACUAGAAAUUUAUGUCAAAAAUAUUGUGAAAAACUUAUUUUUUAAUAUUCUUUGGGCCUUUUAUUUUCAGGAAAACUUAAACCUCGCCAACAUUUUCCUUGUGUUUACUCAAAAAGACAUAUUGGUUGACACAUCUGCAACUGAUAUGAAAUCCCACACUGCUUAAUUAUAACUUCGCAUUAUCGGAAAGACCUCUUCUUCCUUAACUGUGAAUGACUGAGCAAAGCUAAGCCGCUUCAUUCAUAUAUUGGUAGAAAUCUAGCAGCCAUCCAUCUUUCUCACACAAUUUCACCAAAAAAACCCUACAAAGUUACUACUGACAGUGCAAUUAAAGGACACUCACCAGUCAUAUAUUAACGGCUUAUUGACCGAGCGUGAGGUCUGUACUGUGAAAUAUCAGACCGAGGUUUUUAACGUUUUUUAGUAUGGACCGAGCGACGAAGGAGCGAGAUCCAUGCAGAAAACAGAGGUCUGAUAUUUCACAGUACAGACCGAACAAGCGAGGUCAAUAAUCGUUUUAUUAUAUGGCUGAACUGAGUCUGUGAGCAUUUCUGCUUUUCGCGCGAACUAAAUCGGCUAUUGUCAGUUUCACUGGGGUUAAAUCAGUACGAUAGGCAUGCAUGCUAAAUCAAAAACAAUUUGGUUGUUUGAAAUUUUUAUCAGUGAAUUUUAAUGACACACAAUUGGAAAAUUAAAAAGCAAGAAUUUUUUCUGCUUGCAAAGUAAAAAUUUCCCGCCAGAUAAGCGACAUCCGGUCCAGAUACGGAAAAUACGGACCAUGGUCCGGACAUGGGUUCUUACGGACCGCUUGUCAACCAAUCAGAAUAGAGAAUUUUGAAAAGCCAUAUAAUAAUUAGUAUUAUUGUUCAAUUAAACUGUAGAUGGUCUGCUUGCAAAAACGCGCAAUAGGCGUACUAAGAGGCCUGGGGACUAGGUAGCUUGCGAACAGGCUCUCAAGCUGAAUUGAGAGCCUGCAUCGAUGACUAAUGAAUUUGAAUAUCUGCGUCUCAAAUCGUGACGCGAAAUUCUCAUUGGUCAGAUGCUAUAAUUUAGUAUGUUUCCGCUGAGCUCUAUAUAUGUCAACUGCUGAAGCACUAUGCAUAAAAAACACAUUAACAGAUCAAAUUGGUCUUGGCCAUCUUAUCUGAAAGCACGAAAUGUUCUGUUUUGAGAAAACAGUAUUUAAAACAUUUGAACUUUUGCUUGAAUAUCUUAUAUUUCGAAAAACAGUAUAAACUGUACGGUCUAAAUUUAGUUUGCACGGUCUAAAUUUAGUUUGCACGAAAGUUGUAAACAACACCAUAUAAGGAUAGACAUUCCAUAUUUGGAAAAACGAACGUUACGGGGCAGAUAUUCAAAUCCAUUAGUCAUCGAUGCAGGCUCUCAAUUCAGCUUGAGAGCCUGUUCGCAGGCUAGGGACUAGGCUGCAUAGUCUAUCAAGAUAUGAUGGCCUGGAAACUAAACAGAACUGAUUAAGCUUAUUGUAAUUUUGUAUAAUAAGUAACCGUGCAACAGGGAUAGCUAAGAUGAAACGUGCAACAACGAUGAAUAAUAUUUAAUGAAGUUGAGACAAAAGAUUUGUGCACGGCGAGGUACAGUUGAUCAUCAAGCAAAGGCCUCUAUUUUGUAGCUUUGAACCAGGUGAUCUUGAUACGCGGAAAAGUACUGGCACUAGUUGUCAAAUAGAAAUCCAUUUUAUGAUUAAAACAACUGAACAUCUAGAUCUCCUGUAAUAUACUUUAUUUCGAUUCCAUAUUUUUGUCAGAGCUAUAGUUCUCAUAACCAAACAUAAUUACAAAAUUUCUGAACUAGUUUCAUAAAGAAUAACGAAAGAUAUAAUUGACUGAAUACAUCAAAAUGGAUUUCUAUUUCAAUCCCUUACGGAGCGCUGAUUGGCUAAAAUACGAACACGAGAUCACCUGGAAGUUUGAUCAGAUCACCGGAAGGGUGGGUAGUAGCGAAGUAGUUGUAGUUCGCUACUGUAGCGAACUGCAAUUUUCAAGUAGCCAGUAGUUUUUGACUACUUUUUUAAAACAGUAUUUGUAGUUGUAGCGAACUACAUUUUGCCUAAAAGUAGCCAAAUAGUCGACUACUUUUCAAACAGUGGAUCGCUAUUCGCUACUUUUUAAAAUUGUUAGCAACCGUUCAAGAUAGACACGGUUUGCUUAAAAGAUUAUUUUAUACAGUAAAGAUUAUUUUAGCGCAUUGAAAAGUGGCACUCCUGAACACUGUAGUGCUUAUAAAAAUGUUGCUUUGAGCCUUUUUGUUUACUGUUGCUACUCGUAAGUCGAUUUGUUAUAGGUUAUAUUACAGCCUGAGCUAGUGGAUGCUCCAAAUAAAAAAUAUAGAGUAGCGAAAUAGCGAAAUAGUUCGCUACAUUUUUUAAGCAGUAGCUGUAGUCAGUAGCGAACUACUUUUGUUCAAAAGCAGCAGUAGUUGUAGCUGACUACAUAUUUUUGAAGUAGCUGUAGUUAUAGCGAACUACAAAACUGAUUUUGUAGUCAACCCACCCUUGGAUCACCGUCGCCAUGUUGGAUGGCAUUGACAAUGGAUGUUGCUUGUUUGCAAUGCAAAUAUCAUCGAACAUGGUGGUUGUACAUCACCACAGAAAAACGAUCAGUAACAGAAGGGCCACUCAGCGGUGCAAUGUGUCCUCGUUUUUUAUGCAAAAAUAUGCAGUUUACUGGUCAGAAGGCGGAGCAGCCAGCCAGUACAGCGUGUUUAUUGGCCAGAAAAUAUCAUUGGCUGACUAGGAAAAUGCAUGGCGGCCAACAUGCGUAAUGGGACAUGCGCGAGGACAGAAACUUCAAUGCUUCCGACGUAAGUGGCCCUUCUGUAUCUGUAUGGAUCUUUGUUCUGUGACAUCACCUAUAGAUUAUGGCUAAAGUCGAUCACAGAGUACAGGCUAAAAGUCGGCUCACAAAUAUUAUAGCGAAGACUGAAAUUCUUGGGGUCACAGGUUAAGAACUGCAUGCAAACGUACACAUUAUGCUAUUUUUAAAAUGCUUAUUGGAGGUUUAAUUUCAUUGAAAGUAUCUACUAUCAAUGCUUAUCAGAGCAAAAAAAUAAUGAUCAGUUUUCUUUGUUAUAAGGUAUUUUGCACCGGCAGGAAAAACUACAAUAAAUACUGUCUGGAGCUCAGCAACUGCUAUCAUGCAGUUGUUAUGUCUUUCUAGUUCCAAAUAUAUUCGAAUUGAUUUAAUAUUAAUAUCUGUCAUAUCACUGUAAUCUGUAGUAGGUAGUGGCAGUAAAAAUUCACUUUAGCGCUACUAACCUACUAGUGCAUGAAUAGACGACUUAAUUUAUCCAUAUGAUUUGUCUGUGUAGACAGAUGUCACAGAAUAAACAAGCUCCUUUUUUAAUAGUCCCAGCGACUAAACGCUGAAUAGAGCGUCUGGUUAUGGCCUGGAUUCCAAAAUUAUGAUCAGUUGAUCACAACACGUUUCUGUCUACAUAACAGUAUAGGCCCUCUGGCACGAAACGGUCUGCUGCCAGUUCUGCCAGAUUGCCAGUUACUCAGCUGCAGAGUCCAGUUGCUGAGCAUUGAACACGGAUUCGUGAAUAUAUAAUACAUGGUGAUGCCGGUAAUGAGUCAUGCUCAGAUUUUACGAGUCCUCGAUUAUUUUAUCAUGCAGUCCUUUGCUGGGUGGAAAUUGUGGUGAAAAUAAUUUAAAACUCUGCAUGCAGCUCAAUGACCGUUCAGAAUGUUUAAUAAAAUACGUUAAUUGACUCGAAACUUAUCUUUAAAUUAUGCUUAAUAUUUUUAACAUUUGAAACAUUCUAAUAUGGAAUUAGAAUAUUGUUUUUCUAAAUCUAUAACAAUGUCUUUAUAUAACGUUUAUAUAUAAUGGGGAAAAGUUAACUGGACACUUUUAUGCAAGAAUAAAAGGUUUAGUUUUUAAAUUACUGUUGCAUACGUAAAAUAAAGCAACUCUUUCAAAAUGUAUUUUUUGAUUCGAUCUUCAUUGCACUUAAAAAUCUUUGUGUAUAUUAAAAAGUCUUUAACUGCAGUUAUAGUUAAUAUAUUCCUAAUAUGUAUAAUAGUAACAUCAGCUUUUUAGUAACAGUUAAUAAAAGACUUUUAUUCAGCGGCAUGUAAUAAUAAAAUGAUCAGAUCAAAAUAAAACUAUAAUUAGUUGUUUUUAAUUUUGAAUGAAGGUAUAUAUUAACUAUUUAUUAUAUAGUAGAGAGCGAGAUACUACAAAAUACACAGUGAGAUAUUUUCCAUAUCUUCACUAGUGAAGAUAUCGAUCACGUGACUUUUUCCAAUUUGCUUUUGAGCCUGAAAUUUCACAAUUUUUUUCUUGCAUGGGACUAUAUAAUAAACAGAACAUUACACGGUGGCUUGAACAUAUGACCUUUUGUUUUCACCACUCGAAGAUAGGCUAAAAGUCAUAUUUUCGCGCCGCCGUGUAAUAUCCUCUAUGUAUCUCUUAUAUAACAUAACAUAUACUACAGUAUUUUGUUUAUGGAAUUUGUAGCGGCCAAAUUUUUACUUAAAAUUAAACAAAUAUAAUUUCUUGACUUCAUUCUUCAAAUGAUGUUUUACUCCAACAAUUCUAUAAAAGUGUUUUCAUACAUGCAAACAAUGUCACAAUGUUCCACACACGCAUCCUCUUGACUUAAUGAAAGAGCAUAAAGCAGUAGACUUUGUAAGACAGAAAAGACUUGUCAAAGUGACAAAGAGUUUCUAUAUGACUUUUAAUAUGAAUGCUGUACAUGAUAUUUUAAUUAACAAUGAUUAAUAUCUAAAUAAUAGCUAAAUGAGCUGUAUUUCUAUAUAACACAAAGCGAUUUUAAUUGUAUCAUUGACAUUGUGAAACACAUAAUUUUUCAUGAAGAAAUCACAAAAAAAUAAUGAGCGUGAAAGGGUUUGUAUAUCUGAUACAAAAUCAUGCUGACUUAUAUAAAGGUUAACUGUUAAAUUUACUCAACAAAUUUUAUUUUAAAUUGUUGAAGAAUACGAAUGGACUUUCUCAACAAAUAUCAUUCAUUUAUUUUAAAUUGUUGAAGAAUACGAAUGUUCUCAACUUCUCAUCAAGACGUUUCACGAGGUUCCUAUGUAUGGGUUCACUACAAUUUUUCUCUAGUUCGCUACAACUACUUAAAAAUGUAGGCAGCUACACCACAGUCUACAGGCCCUCUGGCAAGAAUCGCAGUUGCUUCUGUUAGGUCUAAAAUUACUCACACUAAUAAUUCCGAUGAAGAAAUCACAAAAGAAAUCAUGAGCAUGAAGCCUGAAGGAGUUUGUAUAUCUGAUGCAAAAUCAUGCUGAUUUAGAUGAACUUUAAGUUAAAUUCUCACCAAAUAUCAUUAAUUUAUUACAUUCGUAUUCUAUUGUUGAAGAAUACGAAUGUACUCAUCAAGAUGUUUCACGAGUACUUACCGGCAGGUUUCUAUGCGUUCAUUACAAAUCUUUUCUAUAGUUCUCUACAGCUAUAUACAGCUACUUAAAAAUAUAGGCAGCUACAACUAUAUACAGGUCUUUGCCCUCUGGCAAGAAUCGCAUGCAGCUGCCGCUGGUUAAGUCUAAACUGAUUGUUUAAUUUGUAACCAGCCCGAAAUUUCCAUCUACACUACAAAAAAUCCCUUCAACUGUCAGUUAUAUCGAGCGAGAUGCACGCCAAAAAUAAACACAAAUCAUGAAUCAUGAUAUAUAUAUACCCAUGCCUUAUACUGCAUGGCAUCACCCAUUAUAUGGUGCAUUGGUGUAAUAAUGGUACGUAUUAUGUACAUGUACAUGAACUUUGGUACGACAAGGUAUCAGUUGCUAUCCACAUUUGUAAUUUAGCCUACAUCGAUGUUAAAACUUCUUCUAAUUUGUAUAACUAUAGUGCUUCGAAUGACAAGGCAGAAAGUGUUAUACUUAAACUCUAAACAGACUGAAUCCGCAUAAACGUAUCAGUAAAGUAAAGCUAUAUAUAAACUAAACACGCGGCAUUGCCAUUAUCUUCAGUCAUAUAUUUAUUUUACGUCUAAUCGAGUGAUGAGAAAUUUGAAAAUUAAUAGCGAAUAGCGAUUUUUGCUUGAAAAGUAACAGAGUAUACUGUCUUAAAAAAGGUUAAUUAAGUAUAGUCAAAACCACUCUCUACUUUAAAUUUUAAUUCGCUACAGUAUAUAUAGCGAACUGAUAAUCAUUGUAUCAGGCAUUAUAGUUUUCUGACUAUAGCUAGCUGACUAUAUAUGUAAUCAUGAAAUCAAUUCAUGUCAUAAUUUUAAACAAAGACAUUUGUUGUUUUGAUUUUUUUAGACAAGCUUCAAAAAUGUUUAUACAAACUGAAAUAGUGACCCUGACUGGCACAGCCUACACAUUCCUCUAUAUGAAUUCAAAAUUCCUGAGUCUUGCAAAUCACAACUGUUACUAUAUAUGUAUACUAUACCAACUGAAACUAUACUACACUGCGUUGCAGCCCAAAGCCAAUAUUAGCAUCGGAUGUAGCUAAAACAUAUUCUAAGAGUGUCUGUAUACUUACAUUAACAAAAACGCUUGACCUAGUAAAAGGUUUUGUCUAUAGUUGAUAAGACAAAAGAUUUUAGAGUACAACUGCAUUUUCAAGUGGUAGUCCGUUUGUAUAAAAAGACGCAAGAUACGGCUUCGAAAGUAUCACUCUUGCAACAGUCGAACAGAGGAAAGUUGUCACUUGAAGAAAAGCAGUAAAACCAUAAGAAAGGAAUCAUGUCUUUAAAAAUUGUUGUUUUAAUGUUGGUGGCCGGUAUCGCAAUGGCUAAAGUCGGUAAGUACCUCUUGGAAGUGCGCGUGAUAGAGUUAUCCACUGCACAUGAUGUUAAAACGACAAGUUAUAGUUGUUACCGAGAUCUGCAAACAAGUUGCAAUAAGGUUGUUGUCAAGGCCAACUGCUCGUACAUACUGCUCGUUUUCAGUACAAGUAAAGUUUCUUUCUUACCUUCUUAGAUGAAUUCGGCAACGACUAUGAAACACCUGAGAAAAAAGAAAGCGCAAAUGAUGAAGAGCCGAAGAUGGUCAUGGAAGACAUAAACACUGAAACGUCGACUGCUCUCGUACAAAACGACGCCAAUGACCCUGACUCAAUCAAGAAUAAAGGAUGUAAGUUUGUUCGGCUUUUUUGUUACACGAAACAUCCCCGCGUGCAACUGUAGGAUUUAAGUUUUUUUUAAUUUAUUUAUUUAUAAACUUUAUACAACAGGACUGGGGAAUCCCAAAUUAAGUCCAUACCUAUACACAUUACAUUGUAAAACAAUAGAGACAGGGUUACAAACUUAACAAAGCUAUACAAUACAAAAUUACAACAAACGAUCAAUGGGUUUAAACCAUUUUUGCACUUUCCAAGUUAAUAUAACUAGUCAUGGACCGACCAAAUAUUGCAGUCUUUCUAAGUCAACUACCUUAAAAUGAAGAGACCUUAAAAUUGCAAAGAAGGUUUGGGAAAUGACCAAGUCACAAAAACGUUUUACACAUGAAUGUAUCAACAUUGCAUGUACAGCACAUACACUGUCACAUACAUGCAUGUGUUCCAAGCUGUCCCAAGAUGGAUUUACCGCCAAGAUACUUCUUGAAAUCAAGAAAAUGUUUCAUUUUCUAAGGCUAAAAAACGUUGAUUCCUGCAUUCCGGGAGCAGUUUCAACAAAAAAAAUGAUGAUAAAAAGCGACACAAUGACCCUAUAUUAGAUAAACUACUCCGACUAAUAAUGCCAUCUUGUAAACUCAAGAUACGAGUUAUUUAAAGAAAACAAGACACAAAUAUUGGUGGUGAUAAUCACUGAUAUUUCGAUUUCAGUGCCAGUAUCAAACCAAACUAAUUAUUUACAAGUGUGCUCAGAUGUUUAAAAAAAGAAAUAGGAAGAUGACAUUAUCAACUGGAACGAACGACACAAAUAUAGGAGGCGCUAUAUUUACAAACAGAAAAUAUUUUGUUUCUUCAAAUAAUUCAUAUCUUGCAUGUUUACAUGAAGACAUAUGGUAUUAUUAUUCGGAAUACGUUUUUUUCUUAUUUGACCCUACAUAUUCAUAGUCAAUAUCUAGAAUUACAAAUAUUUUUGGUCCGACAUGAUUAGAUAUGGAUGUUCGAAUGAUUUGCCUUGAAUAUUGGUUAAAUAUAAUAUUUUAUUGAACAGUAAUGUAUGUUUUUACUGACGCGUUUUUCUGUUUUCAUAUAUUCUAUAGUUUGUCAUUGGGGCAUCGCAGUUUGGUACAAACCCGGAAUUGCUAUUCGCUGUAGUUGUAUGAAAUGGUGAGUAAAUCUAAACUCUUCAUAUAAACCACGAUUACACGCGUGUAUUGCACGCAAGACGCCAAGACCGUUUCUAGUUCAUUAGUAAUUCAGUAUGUGGAGCCUUUGAAAUUGCCAUUUCGUUCAUUUUGGGAGGUGAUUUUAAAUAAUUCUGAAUACUAUAAAAGUAAAUGUUUUGUAUUUCAACAAAAAUACGUAUGAUAUAGCAUGUAGGUCAAUUCCAUUUUGUGGACAUUACAAUCAGAGACAGAAGCCAAAAAUUGAAAUAAUAAUGUUUUUCAUUAAAACCUAAUUUCAAACUAUUACAGUCGUAAAAGCACUAUUAUACAGUAUUAUACAGGUUCAGAUUUGACUGCCACAACCGCUGCCACAAUACCUCUAACAGGCUCAGUGCGCAACAUCUGAUUGGUUAAUUGAAUAUAUCAAACGCAUCUGAUUGGUUGAUUGUCGCUUAGCGGUAGCGGAAGUCAAAUGUGAACAGAAAAAUAACCAACUAUUCGCAUGAAACGACCGAAUACAUUGCUAGUGGCAACAGUUUAAAUACAAUAAUAUGUUAAAGGGGUAAUCGUGGAAUACACAGAACAACUGGGAUUUUAUUAUAAUCUAAAAGCUACAGAUUUGGUAUACUUUAUGUAAAAGAUGAAAACAUUACGAGGUUACGCUCCCCGUUUCUCUUCAGUUUUGGAAAAAAUACCAAUUGGUCCCGAAGAGAGGGGGGGGGAUGAACCCGUCAUCCCCCCCAUGUCUAUGCCACCGAGCAACAGGCUGAAAAUAGAACACAUGUUCAAAAUUGGUUUGCUAGCCUGACACGGCACGCGAAUUUUGUUGCUGGAAUAAGUUUAUUCAUUUUAUAAAAAGCAAUCAAAAUUAUCCCACCAACCCCUCUUACUAAAUGAUUCAUAAUUAACUGACAUUUCCUAUCGUUUAGCACCUGUCAGACUGGUGGUAACUGGGCGUGUGCUUAUCAUUUCCCCUACUGCCCAUACUUCUGUAAGUAUACUGUGUAUAUAAGGAUGGCUGGUCAUUAUUUAUGGUGGUUGGGGCAGGCAAUCGAAGAGAAAUGUUUUUCAUGGUAUAAAUUUUGUUGACUCAACCAUUAAAUAGUAAAAUAUCUCAAAUAUCAAUAAAAAAUCUCCAAUAUUUCAGUGAGUCACCCAAGCCUUGAGUUGUUUUCUUUUUCAUUUACUCACUGGUUUACUCACUCAAAAUUUUGUCUAUCCAACCCUUUUCUCUUCGGCACCAUUAUAUCUAUAAUGGUGCCAUCACGCACCAUAAAUAAUGACCGGUCUCAAAACUAUAGCGUUACAACCACUGAUCUCGAAAAUAUGACUGGAUAGUGGAAUCUGCUGUGAAAAAAUGUAACCAAUGGUGGGCGUCACAAAUCUACUGUGGUACAAAACUGCAGCAUAUGAUGAAAACCAUCACAAUUCUUACUCUGAUAACUUUCAUAAUGUUAAUUGCUUCUUUUUCCUUUCUACUAGAUUGUGGCAACCAAAUCUACAAUCCUACUACUCAAAUCUGUUGCUGUGGUAAAGUACACGAUAAGAAAUCCAGGUAUUCAUGCUGUGGUUACUUCUACUACGAUACCAGAGUAUCACAAUGUUGUAAUUACUACUCAGUCAAGCCAAAGAAGGCAAAAUGCCCUCGCUACCAAGUUUAA